CCAUAUCAUGCCGCGAAUACGCAAGCCCCAGUUUGCAGGGGCCCAAAGCAGGCUCGCGUCGUGCUUCAACAUUUUGCUGUCCGGUGCUUCUGGUAAACCUCACCUGCGCUCUGAUAUCGCGCAUGCUGUGCUUUAAAUGCGAGUGCCUCGCGGGCGAGCUCGACUGCUGCGGUGAUGGCUGCUGCUCCUCGGUGGCAGUCUCGCGGGCGCUGGCCGAGUACUGCCAGCACAGCGAUGCGGCGCGGGAGGCGUUCGUGCGGGCGAGAGGCUUUGAGGCGAUGCAGCUUGCUCUAGCCCGGGGCAGCCCAUCUGUGGCGGCCGCGGCGGCGCGAGUUCUGGGAGCAAUGAUCAGCUCACCGCACGGCCUGCGGUGCCUGCUGCAGUGGCAGAGGGGCGCGGCCGCCUCGGGGCCCCAUGUCGGCGCCGGCGGCGGCGCCGACCUACUGACGCAGCUGGCGGCGGCGGCGGCGGCGCCGGGCCUGCCGCCCGACCUGCGGGUGGAGGCGGUGGAGGCGCUGCGCUGCGGGCUGGCGGCGCUGCAUGGGCCGGCGGCGGGCGGCGGCGUGGAGCUGGCGGCGGCACUGCGGGCCCAGUUUGCGUCUCCCGGAGUAGCCAAAACCAAUACCCUCAUGGCGGCCGCCGCCGAUGGCCGCAGCAAUGGCGGCCUCAGUCUCGGCGGCGUGAGCGGCGGCAGCGGCCUCAGCAGCGGCGGCCUGCUCCAGUCGGUGGCGCUGCCGGCGCUGCUGAGUGACAACCUGCACCUGCGUGCGGCGGGGGCGUGUCUGGUGGCGGCGGCGGCAGAGGAGGGGCUGUUGGGGCGGCAGGCGUCCGGCGGCAGCGGCGGCAGCGGCAACGGUGACGAAGUCGGGAGUAGUGCGCAGUGCGGCAGUGGUGGCCUUCCCGACUAUAUUGACAAUGAAACCGACAGUGAAAUGCUCGCCGUGGCGGCGGCUGGUGCCGGUGGUGGUGCUGGUGAUGGUACUAGGUACGAUGGGCCGUGGACGGAGGAGCAGGAGCCAUGCGGCGGUGACGGCCGAGGUCCGGGGCCGGAGAUGGGUGCGGCGGCGGCCGCGCUGAGGGCCGCGUUGGGGCUGUCCCCAGCUGUGGGCGCAGGCGGCUGCAAGCACGGCGGCGGCGAGGACGAGGGCGGAGCGGCCCGCACGGCGCAGUGGCGACAACAUCAGCAGCAACAGAACCAGCACCAGCACCAGCAGCACCACCAGCAGCACCACCAGCAGCUGCAACAGCAGCAGCAACAGCACCAGCAGCAACAGCAGCAGCAACAGCAGCACCAGCGGCUGUGGCUGGGGGCGCUGGCGGAGGUCGUGGUGGCGCUGUUGAGGAGCGUCAAGGCGGUGCGGCUCCUGGCGGCCACCCAGCUGGCGGCCGCACUGCCGGCGCUGUGUGCGGCGGCCCUCCUGCCCGCCUCCGGCCACGUGCCAGCAGUCCCGGCGGCAGCACCACCAGGAGCAACAACGACAACAGCAACAAUGACAACAGCAGGAGCAGCAGCAGGAACAGUGGCGGGGAGGCCGUCGAUGUCAUCCGGGUCAAUAGUCGUGAGCCGCGCGGAGCGGGAGGCGCUCUUGGAUGCGCUACUGCUGUGCAUCCGCGGUGGCGGAGCCGGGAAGGAGGGGGCCGGCAGCGCUGCCAGCAGCAGGAAUGGAGGCGGCAGCGGCAGCAGGAGUGGCUGGGGUGGCGGCGGCGGCGGUGGUGAUGGGGAGCGGUCGACCGUGCCGCCGCUGUGUGUGUGGGCGGGCGCAGCUGCGGCCCAGGCUUUCCUGGAACAAGCGGCCGGACUGGCGGCGCAGCUGCUGCAGCCACUCCUGCAGCAGUUGCAGCUACAGCCGUCACCAGUGCAGCCGCCACAGCUACAGCCGGGUCAGCUACAGCCGGCGCAGCAGGCAGUCUCGGCAAUGGCGCAGGAUGCUACAGCCGUGGGUGCAGCCGGGGGGCCCGAGCAGCUUUCCCUUGCGCUCUCUGCCGCCGCCCUUGCUACAGCCCUGGCGGAUGCGUGCGUUGUCGUUGCUGCUGCUGCUGCCCGGCCGCACCACCAGGCCCAGGGAACGCUACAGCCGCCACCACAGCCGCAACCGUUUGGGGCGGGCGGUGGCGUGGCUGCCGUGACGGUGCUGGUGACGAGGCUGUGUGAGGCAGUAGCAGCGCUGUCGGCUGUGGCGGCGCAGCAGCAGCAGCAGCAGCAGCAGCAGCAGCAGCAACUGCUGCUGGGCACCCACGAGGCAGCGAUGGGGUUCGGCCAGGUGGCGAUGGCGGCGGAGGCGGAGGCAUGGCUACAGCCGGGGCUUGGGGAAUGGAGCGCCUGGCGGGCGCACGCCGCGCCACAGGGUGCCUGGCUGCAGCCCCCUGGAUGUGGCGACGGCAUCGCGGCAGGAGGCCUCGGCGGCGGCUUUGGUGGAGGCGCCGGCGGCAGUUGCAGCACUACGGCGCCGGCGGCUCGCGCACUGGCGGCGUGCGCGGCGGCGGCGAUACGGCUGCUGGGCGCCCUGAGGACCCUGACGACGACGCCCGCAGUGGCAGCGGCGGCGGCAACCAUGGCAAUGGUGGAGGGAGAGGUGGCCGCCGGCACGGCUGCUGCGCCGCAGUCCGAACUCUGCGCGAUGGAAGCCUCGAGAGGGGCAUGGGACACGGCCGCGCAGGCCCCCGGAGGUGGCAGCAGCAGCGGCAGCAGCUGCGGCAGCGGAGGCAGCGGAGGGGGCAGCAGGGGCGGGGGAGGCGUGCUGGUGGAGGUGCGUGUGGCAGGUGCUGUGGCGGCAGUCCUAGACCUGUGUGGAGAACGGUGUUGUGGGUGCGGUGGAGGCGCGGGGGGGUGCGGGGCUGCGCAGUGCAGUGGGGAGCUGCUGGCGGCGCUCUGCGCUUAUGACGCGGCGCCACUGCGCGCCCUGCUGCACUGGCGGCGGCAGCGGCAGCGGCGGCGGCGGCAGCAGCGGACGGUGCAGGAGGAGGUGCGGGAGGAGGCGCAAGUGGGCCAGCGGCAGCGGCAGUGCCAGGAACCGCAGCGAGAGCAGUGGCAGGAGUCCGAGCGGGAUGGAGUGAGUGCAGCGGCGGAUGCAGCGGAGCACGUGUGGUGGCGGCGGCUGGCGGCGGCGGUCACCCGCCUCGCAGAGGCUCAGCUGCCCCGUGCCAGCAGCGGAAGCAGUGGCGGCACCAGUGCAGCACAUGCCGCAGCUUUCACUGCGGCGGCGGCGGCGGCGGUGGAGGUGUCAGGGCCCUGGGGCAAGGGGCGGCGCAGCGAAUGGUCGGCAGCGGCGGCGCCAGCGCACCGGGCAGACGAGGUGGACCUGCUCCUCCUUGCGCUGCGGGUGUGGCGGGAGCUGGCGGCGUCCGAGCCCACGUGCAGCUGCCCGCCGCCCCGGGGCGCCGCGGCGGCGUGUGGAGGCGCGAGCGGCGGCAGUAGCUUGGGCUUGGCAGCAGGCGCCAGGCGAGAGGCGUGUGCCCAGGUUCCCAGUGCCGUGGUGGCGGGGCUGGCGGGGCGGGCUACUGGUUGCCGCAUUGGGGAUGGCAAGGACUCAGGAGGCACGGCAUGCGACGCGUGCUGGGUGCGGCCCGUCGCGGCGCUGGCGGCCGCUGUGGAAGCGGCGGAGGGUCUGUGCCCGCAGCCGGUGCUGCUACGGCCUGACGUGGCGGCGGCGGUGGUGGGCGCAGAAGCUGGCAGCAGCAUGGGCGGAAUGGGUGGCGGCGGGAUGGGUGCUGCUGCUGGCGGCGGCGGCGACAGGUCGGAUCAGGCGUGUGCUGCGGAGCUGAUGCGCACCCUUGCUGCUCUAUUUCUGCCGGCCCCGGCGGAGUGCGCGCAUGCAGGAGCGAGAGGCGCGGGGUCGGCACUUCCGCCGGCGGCCGUCACAGCCGCACCGGCGGCGGCAGCAGCAGUGGUGGCGGCUGCAGCGGCGGCAGCGGGCCUGCACGUAAGCAGGAAUGGUGAUGGCGGCGGAUGUGGAGGGGGCAAUGAUGGUGGUGGUCGCGUGCCAGCGGCUGGGAGGGAUGACACGUACCCGCCGUCAAGCUCCGAGCUGUACGACAGGGCCCGGCGGCUGCUGUCGGGUCGGGUGGCAACCCCGGGCUCCGGGGCAACCCACGAUCGGGUGCAGGGGCGAGAGCCGGAGGCACGGAGCCAUGAGGCUGCGCCGCAGUGGGAGGCGCGGGAGGCGGCGCGGGAGGAGCGAAAGGAGCGGGAGGAGGAGCGGGAGGAGGGGCGGGAGCGGGACCUCCAGGAAGCCGAGGCGAUUCUGGAGGAGUGCCUGGCGUGUGUGCCGCCUGCCGGUUGGAGUGCGGGUGUGUGAUGGGACAGGGUUUAGGCAGGUUGGCGAGGUCCCGUAGGGUGCAGCAGACGCCCAUACCCCAACUCACUGGCCUCGGCUCUACAACGUCAUGUUCGCUUGUGCGUGUUGCGUUCUUUCAAGCAUAUCAAUAAGCAGACAGCAAACAGUUUGCAGCGGCAGAGCAGGGUUGGAGUGCGGGCGGUGACGAGGUGUGGCGUGGCGCCGGCGCGGAGCGACUGGUGUGCUUUGCCGAUUUAUUACAGUAUGGAUUGAUGGGACGAUACCACCAUGUAAGGCAGGCCCGCCUACGGGGAAUAGAUCUCAAUGAAUGGCAGUGGAGGUCUGGAGCUGUGCCCAGACUGUGCCCCCCCCCCCUCUUGGUUCAGAGUGGUGUUGGAAUAGACUAGCCCU